AUGUUAGAAAAUGCCGAGGUUCCAAAAGGAACGAACGAUAUCAUGAAAAAGAAGGAGGACAAGACGGAUCCGAGGUAUCGAAUGGGCAACACUGCGUUAAAUUUUCCAGACGAAGACAAUGCUGGGGAAGACAAAAUCUACAUCUCGGUCGCCGUUCGGGGUCAACUGCAAAUUAGGACCGCAAAGACUAAAGAUGGUGAGCUGUCUACGGGCUACUCGUUCGUGUCGUUGACCUAA